AUGGGAACUCAGACUGUGAGGAUGGGUUCACCCACCGCCAACUAUCCGGCUGUUCCUACUAAGUCAGACGUGCCAAUCCGCAGGGUGAAGUCGUUUACUCGAGACACUCCCCCCACCUCCUCACGCAUGCGACUGGGAUGUGGUCUCAUGGCGUGCGUACUGCUCAUACCGUUGUUCCUCUGGGCCACUUUCUCAAACUCCCCGUCAGCAAUUCAAGACGUGGCUACCACUGUCGUGACGUAUUCGACCGGUUCAGAGGAUGGCGGUCCAACAGCACGCAUUGCAGCAGAGCGAGUGCAACCGCGCGCGGGAGUUCUUCAGAUAGAGGAGGUGGUCAGCCUCUCAGAGCCUCGGGGAGGCUUUCCGAAGCAGGCGGACGUAUCUGAGGCCGCGAAGGCGGCUGUGAAGCAGGAAACAGAUGAUACGGACGAGAUUGCCAGCGACGAAGGAAGCUCUGCGAUGAGUGACGUCGAAGAAGCAUCGUCGCCGACGCGACACGAGGAUGGGAAGGAUGAUGGAAGAAAGGUCGUGGUGGAGGAAGAGUCAGAGAGCUCCUCGCUCUCCUUGCCGCAGCGCGGGUCGCCGGGCGAGGCGAAUGGGGUUACGAAGCAGAAACGACAAGACACGGCGGAACCGAAUGAAGGCGAGCGGCACACAGUGGCGACGGGUCGCGCGACGACGGCACUGAAGGGCAGUGGCGUGGCAGUAGCGGCGGUGGCGGAUCAGGUGCCGGAGGCGAAGCGCGAGUCGUACAUGAUCAUGAUGACGGAUCUCGUGACGCAGGUCGCCGCUGUGCUGCCGGAAGCCGCGAGGCGCGGCAACGCGCAGCUCGUCAAGCACGUGCGCGCCGCGCUAGAGCGCGCGGAGCCGCUCGUGGAGGCAUGGAAGGGCGCGCGGGUGUGGGGCGGCGAGGAGAAGGCGAUUGGGGUGAUCAAGCUGCUGGAAUCGCUGAGGGCGCGCGCUCAGGAGUGGCGUAGCACGCUGACGCUGAUCGAACGGCUGAGAGGCGACGUGGAUAAAAUGAAGUCGAAGCUGAAAGCCGUGAGCAAGGAGCGCAACAAGCUGGAUCUCGCUGCCGCCAAGGCGCUCCCUAAAGCGCUGCACUGCCUCAACCUUAGACUCGCCGUGGCGUAUGGUAGCAACGAGCACAUCAAGGAGGUCACUAGGGCGCGAGAGAGCCAGCAGGCGAGGAGGUUCGAGGACCCGUCGCUGUACCACUACGCACUCUUCUCAGAUAACGUGCUUGCCGUGUCUGUUGUCGUCAACUCCACUCUGCAAAACGCCAAAAACCCAGAAAAGCAUGUGUUCCACGUGGUGACGGACGAGAUGAAUCUGCCAGCCAUGCGAGCGUGGUUCGCACUGCACCCGCCAGGCAAGAUGGCUCUGGAGAUCAAGGCCGUGGAGCACUACUCCUUCCUCAACGCCUCCUACUGCCCCGUGCUGCAGCAGCUGCAGGCGACAAGCCUCAAGGCCUUCUACUUCUCGCAGCAGGCUGCUGAAGACAAGAAGCGCGUGACAGGAGAGGCGUCUGCGGAGGCAACAGCAGGUCCGACGCAGCUCAAGUUCAAGAACCCCAAGUACCUCUCCAUGCUCAACCACCUGCGCUUCUACCUUCCUGAGAUGUACCCCACGCUCAACCGAGUGGUGUUCCUGGACGAUGAUAUCGUGGUGCAGAGGGACCUCGUGCCGCUCUUCACACUGCCGCUCCACGGCAACGUGAAUGGCGCGGUCUUCACGUGUGUGGGCGACUUCCACCGCCUCUUCAAGUACCUCAACUUCUCACACCCCUACAUCAAGGCGCACUUCGACCCCAACGCCUGCGGCUGGGCCUACGGCAUGAACGUGUUUGACCUGCACGCGUGGCGGCUCCACAAUCUCACUGCUGUCUACCACAAGUUCCAGACCAUGAAUGCGGAUCGGUCACUGUGGCAGCUGGGGACGCUGCCCCCGGGGCUAAUGACGUUCUACAACCGCACGCAGGUGCUGGACGCGCACUGGCAUGUGCUGGGCCUGGGGUACAACAAGGACGUGCCCCUGGAGGACGUGGAGAAGGCUGCUGUUGUGCACUACAAUGGCAACUGGAAACCAUGGCUGGAUACUGCAAUGAAGCACUUCAGACCAUACUGGUUGGCAUAUGUGACAGCAAAUGAUGGUAUCAUACACAGGUGUAAUGUGGAUCUCAAGAGCUGA